AUGCAUUGGCAGCAGCAGCUGGAACUAGUACUGAUUUCCAUCACCCGCUCAGAAAAAAAACUGCGAAUCCGAUUCAAAGGGCCAGAACAUCCCAUCAGCCGACUGGGAGACGAUCUCGUCGGAGAAAUCCUGAUUCGCCUCCCAAACCCUAGAUCCGCCUCCCGCUGCAAACCAGUAUGCAAGCGGUGGAACUCAAUGAUCUCCAAUCCCUCCUUCAAUCGCCGUUUCGUCUCUCACCACCAGAGCAGAAACAGAGAACCACCUCUGCUUCUCCCCUCCGACGACCCCCUGUCGUCGUCGAUCCUGAGCUUCCUCCCCGUGCCUGGAGAAAUUCGAUCCGAAUUCGUAAUUUGGGAUUCCUUCAAGGACUUGCUCCUAUGCGGAUUUAAGGAUUGGGGUUCGGACACCGAUUCCCAGAUGGGCAGAUUGUUCUUGCUCUGCAAUCCGCUUACAAAGCAAUGGGUCGCCCUUCCUCUGGCGCCUGAAAGGAUAACCCGCCAUUAUCGAACAGCGGAAGUCAGAUUGGUCUGUAAAGAAGUUCGUAAUUCUAAGAAGAGUUUGGAAUUGGGCGAUGGACAAGUAUUCAUGUACUCUUCCGACUAUCGAUUCCUCGUUCUGCUUGAAUAUAGAACCUAUUUAACGAUGAUAAGUAGGUGUGAAACAUACGUGUUUUGCUCCAAGUCCCGAAAAUGGUCGUGGAGAAACAAUUGUCGUCUUCAACCUGAUGCAGCAUCGUUGAAUGGGAAGCUGUACUGGAAGUAUGACCAGAAAAUUUGCAGGUCAAUUCCUUUUCGCGGCCGGGAUAUGCCUCCAACAACUGUCGAUGCUAUGAAAUUCAUGGAGUUUUGUUCUCAUUUUUCAGCCUCCAAUGGUGCUCUAUACAUAAUUCAACUUCAACCCGAUACUGUUAGUGAGCCUGAUCGUCGGCUUCCGCCGACCGACGGCUAUGGUUGCCGAGUUUGGAAGUGGGGAAAAGGCAGCAGGAAGUGGACCAUCUGCCACGAAGCGUCGGUGAUGGCGUUAAAGGGUAACAGCGGUUCCGAAGUUAAGGAUCUGGAAAUUUUCGGAUGGUGUUCCAACCCACUUGCUUCGCAACACCAAUUCCUAGAUAUGAAAAACUACUAG